CACUUCCCUUCCCUUUAGCUGUCUCUUCAAUUGUGAACACAUCGUGUUCAAUUCACAUCGUGUUCAAGUUCAUACUCACUUACUUACUCACCCGCGUCACUCUUUUUCCCUCUGCCUUCGUUUUUCAGCUUCCCUUCACCCAGGCCUAAGGCGGGGAUAACUACCUAGCUACCCAUCUUAUCCCCCUCCUGUCCUCUAUCUUCCCCGCUUUCCUUUCCUUCUUUCCAUUCUUCCUUCCUUCUUUCCAAACACCCAUCCAUUUUUCCCGUCCUGUCGUCUAUCUUCCCCGCCUUCUCUCCCGUCCUUCCUGUCUCCUUGAGAUACCCGACCCAUAACAUACCUCUGCUUCAACAAUCGACAGCAGCAGAAAGCAAAAACAAUGAAACCAACAACCCACCUCCGGGUGUUUAACCCCCCACUCAAUCUCAUCCUUCGUCAUGGGUCAUCUGCCUCGAAACAGCCGCUGGGAAGGGUCCUUCCUUUGGAUGUGCAGUUGCUGCGGCAGCGGCAGGGACAGCGGCAGGGACAGCCACAACCAGAGGGACAGAGACAGUUACAGCGAAAGGUGGUGGAGGGCUGGGUGCGGGUGCGGGGAGUGGAUGUGUUAGAGAAGAAGGAACUUGGACAGGGGCAGGGGCAGGAGAAGGAAAUGGAGAUGGAAAAGGGACGGGAGAAGGGGCAGAGGUUGGAGAUGGAGAUGCAGGAGAUGGAGAUGGAGAUGGAGAUAGAGAUGGAGAAGAGGUUGGAGAUGGCGAAGAGGUUAGAGAUGGGACAGGAGAUGGGGCAGAGGUUGGGGCAGGAGCAAAGGUUGGAACAGAAGCUGGAGCAAGUCAAAGUGAAAGUGGAAGUGGAUAUGAAACGACAGCGACAGCAACAACAACAGCAAAUUACAAGGGAUGAUAUUGUCGGGGUGCAUAGUACCAAGCAAAAGGAACGCCAACAGCAAAGGGGGUACCGACAACAGCAGCAGCAGCGGGGGUAUCAUCAACUGGCGGUGGGGAGGGAGGAGCAUCAGCAUCAACAAUACCAGCAGCAACAGCAACAGCAAGUAAAACAGAUUCAGGGACAACAGAACCAACGUCGACAACGCCAGCAAGCGAUAUUAGCACGGACACAUCCGCUACUAAUGGAUCAAGAUCCCUCCGCAGUCUCGGAGAUGUCAGCGGCACAGGAGGAAGUAAAGAACGGUGAUAGUGGGUUGAAUGGCCAGGGACAGGGACAGGAACAGGGACAGGGACAGGGACAGGGACAGAUACAAAGACAAGAAGACGGGAAAACAGGACUGGAUGAAACCAAGGUGAUGGACUUUGGUCUCGAGGUCAGUAAUAGUGGUGGUGUUGGUGGUAGUGUUAAAGGUGCUGAGGGUACCGGGGGUGUAAGAAUUCGGAGGCUCGAGAGCCGCGGGGGAAGUAAGAACCGCGGGAGCAUUCUUGCUCAUGUUAGGCGUAAUCGUGCUGCUGGUGCUGGUGGAAGUGGAACAGUGAAGAAUCAGCAGAGUGGGCAGACUCAGCAAGGCCAGCAGGAUCAGCAGGGUGAACAGUCUCAACAGGCUCAGCAGGUUCAGCAGGUUCAGCAGGUUCAACAGGCUUCGGAAAGAAAAGGGCUAGAAGGUGGUGAUGGCAAAGUAAAGUCCCAGAAAGCUGAACCAAUGGGAAAAGUCGAAAAGAAGGGUCCGUCGUAUUUCACAUUCAGUCUUAGAAGUGGUCGCAAGUUUGGUCCGGGUGCGUUGGAACACCAAGAGGAUUUGGGUGGCUGGAAGGUGGGAAAUGAUAUGAUCAUCAGUGGCGGAAGCGUGGUGUUGAGGUCUUUAGGGUUGUCGUCGCCGGGUGUAGCAGAGACGACAGCAGAGAUCGGAACACGUGAGGCGCGAAAAGCAGAACCGAAGACGAAGACGACAUCCGCAUCAUCACAAGCAAAAACAUCAACAUCAACCAAACAACCACCACAGCAACCACCACCCCCGCUCACCACCCACCGCCUCACCCUCAUCCCCCACGCUAGCUCCGACAUCUUCUCACCCACACCCCCUCCUGGCUCCCUCCUCAUCCACGCCUGCAACGCCCAAGGCGACUGGGGCACCGGCAUAGCCAGGAUUUUCCGCACUCACUACCCCGGAGCCUACAAAGCCUACCAGGCGCACUGCUCUUCCAUCCCUACCACCUCCACCUCCUCACAAACCAAUCUUCUUCAAGACCAAGAAGAAGCCGAGUCCGUCGACCCCAUCCAAGCCCGUAAAAACGCUUUGACCAAGCACCAGCGCAGCUUAGUCGGCACGGCCCUACUCAUCCCGCCGCGUCCCUCCGUUCCGGGCGACAAGAAGCACUUUAUCGGGUGUCUUUUUACCAGUCUCGGGUAUGGCCCUUAUAGAGAUCCGGCGGUGGCGAUGAUGAAAGCGACGGGGAAGGCGAUGGAAGAUCUGAUGAGGCAGGUUGCGGAGUGGAAUGUGAAUACUGCUACAGCGAAGAAGAAGAAUAUGAAUAUGGUAAUAGGUCCGGAAAUGAGGAUGCCUAGAAUUGAUGCGGGCAAGUCUGCGGUGGAGUGGGAGAUGACCAAGGAGGUUUUGGAGAAGGUGGAGGUUAGGGUGCCUGAGGGGAUGUUGCCUGGGAAAGGGGAGAUAAGAGUUUUUGAUGGGGUUGGUGCCAUUGAGGGGGAGAAAGGGAAGGGGAAGGGAAAGGGGAAGGGGAAGGGGAAAGGACAGAGAAAUGGGAAUGGAAAGUAA